GGCAUGUAGCUAUAGACACAAACUUUGACACAAGAAAGGGUUAAAUAUCUGGCUCUGGUGCUCUCCUGCAAACUCACGUCGACCGAAAUAGGACAAGACUACGACUACCAUCCACGUUUCAAUGUGUCAUAACACGUGUUGGAUGGAGCCUGGCUGCAGAAGACUGACCCGGGACACACGGGGAGUCAUGAGGACUCGAGCUUCUGAAUCAGAGACCCGUGAACGCACCGUUACAGUAGUCAAGUCUACUGAAGAUGAAUGCAUGGACAAGUUUCUCCGAAUCCUGUUGAGACAUAAAUCCUCUAUUCCUUGAUAUAUUCUUCAGCUGAUAGAGCGUGCCGUUUUACUGCUGCAUUAUCUCUGUUGAACAGAAAUGGACGAUGAUGAUGAAGAAGAGAAGAGCUGCAGUAUAUACUCGAGCCUGGUUCCUCUCGGCAGUGAGAUCAAGGCCAGGAUGAAGCAGUUUGUGGAGGAGAGGACAGAGGCCAACAUGUGGAUGGCCGUGCUGAUUGGAGCUGCGACAGUUGUUUCUUUCGUUGGAGUCGUUGUGUUCCUUCUUUACAGAAGAUACAAACGGUCAAAGGCCGGCGCUCCACACUAUCGCUUUAGGAAGAGAGACAAGGUGAUGUUCUACGGCCGAAAGAUCAUGAGAAAGGUUCAGACGUUGUCCUCAGCGCCUGCCUCCACUUCAAACUCAGCUUCCCGUCAGAGAGUGAGGAAGAGGACCAAAGUCCUGUCGAUAGCUCGCAAGAUCCUGCGCAUCCGCAAGGAGCCCCCCACCCUGCAGCCCAAGGAGCCUCCUCCCAGUCUGCUGGAGGCUGACCUGACUGAGUUUGAUGUGAAGAACUCCCAUCUGCCAUCUGAGGUGCUGUACAUGCUGAAAAAUGUCAGGGUGCUCGGCCACUUCGAGAAGCCUGUUUUCCUGGAGCUGUGUCGUCACAUGGUGCUGAUCCAGCUGCAUCAGGGAGAGGCGCUCUUCCGACCGGGUGACAUCGACGACAGUAUUUACGUGGUUCAAGAUGGCCGCCUCGAGCUGUGCAUCCAUGAGAGUGAUGGGACGGACGCUGUGGUGAAGGAAGUUCUCCCCGGAGACAGUGUUCACAGUCUGCUCAGUAUCCUCGACAUCAUCACCGGCUAUCCUGCACCCUACAAAACAGUGUCUGCAAGAGCUGCAGUUUCCUCCACUAUCCUGCGUCUUCCAGCUGCAGCCUUUCAGUCAGUCUUUGAGAAAUAUCCUGAAACUCUGGUCCGUGUCAUCCAGAUAAUCAUGGUGCGCCUCCAGAGGGUGACCUUCCUUGCCUUACACAACUACCUCGGCUUGACCACGGAGCUCUUCAACCCGGAGAGCCAAGCCAUCUCCUUGGUGUCGGUGGCCCAUGUUCUGGGUGAGGGUCAUCCACACAGGGGCCUCCGCAAGCAGCCUUCCCAUUCUGACGACUUGGGCUCUGAAAAAGGGGACGCAGAAAAGUCCAGCUUGUCUGACAUGUCCACGUCUAAAUACAGGAAAUCUCGCUCUGCCUCCACCCCCCUGGCUGUUACAGGUGAAAUGUCAGCUGACCUCAAGAGAGUAUAUGAACGGGCUCAAGUUUCCAAAGAAGAAACUCUGACUUACACUGUGAAGUCUAUCCUAAAGAAGACUGUGACAAUGCAGCCCGCUCCAUCUGCUGUGUACCACUAUAGUGAUGCCGGAGGAGGAAACGUCCAGCAUAAUAAAGUUAACGCCAUUUUCCAAGCUGCCAAAAAGGAUCUGCUGCAGGUCAUCCAAAUAGAGAACCCCAGUCUGCUGGAGGGGAGGGUGAAUCUUCGACAAGUCAAAGCCGGUUCUGUUGUGGCCCACCAGGGAGACCAGGAUGUGAACGUGGAAUUUGUCAUCUCUGGGUCGCUCCAUGUUUACCAGCGGAUGAUAGACCGUGAGGAGGACACCUUGUUGUUUGUCACCCACCAAGGGGAGAUGGUGGGUCACCUGGCUGUUCUCACGGGGGAGCCCCUUAUCUUCACUGUUCGAGCUCACAGAGACUGCACCUUCCUCUCCAUAUCCAAGGCCCACUUCUAUGAGAUGAUGCGCGAGGAGCCCAGGUUGGUGUUGAACGUAGCUCACACUGUGGUGAAGAGAGUGUCACCAUUUGUCAGACAGAUUGACUUCGCCCUGGACUGGAUGGCUGUGGAGGCUGGCCGUGCCGUCUACAGACAGGGAGACAAGUCAGAUAGCACCUUCAUCGUCCUCAGUGGCCGCCUGCGCUCUGUCAUUGCAAAGGAUGAUGGGAAGAAGGAGCUGGCUGGAGAGUAUGGCCGUGGGGAUCUGAUUGGUGUGGUGGAGGCCCUGACCCACAUGAACCGAGCCACCACGGUCCACGCCGUCAGAGACUCGGAGCUCGCCAAGCUGCCUGAAGGAGCGCUGAACUCCAUCAAGAGGAGGUAUCCUCAGGUCGUCACCAGGCUGAUUCACCUGCUGGGACAGAAGAUCCUGGGCAACAUGCAGCAGGGCAAUGGACCCCUGGCUGCUCGAAGUCUUGCUCUCCACACCCCCACCAGCAAGUGGGAUGCUGGAAAUCCAGCGUCCAACCUGUCUACCGUGUCCAUCCUGCCUGUGUCUGAGGAGGUCCCCCUCACUGCCUUCACUCUGGAGCUGCAUCAUGCUCUUAGUGGCAUCGGUCCCACUCUGCUCCUGACCAGUGACAUCAUCAAACAGCGCCUAGGCUCUGCUGCUCUGGACAGUGUCCAUGAGUACCGUCUGUCCAGUUGGCUCGGCCAGCAGGAAGACAUCCAUCGCAUCGUCCUCUACCAGUCUGACCCGAGCCUCACGCCUUGGACCCAGCGCUGCAUUCGCCAGGCUGACUGCAUCAUUAUUGUGGGCCUGGGUGAGCGGGAGCCCACUGUGGGUGAGUUGGAGCGCAUGCUGGAGGGCAGCGCAGUGCGUGCUCAGAAGCAGCUGGUGUUGCUUCACAAGGAGGAUGGCCCGCCGCCCAAAGGGACGGCCGAGUGGCUGAACAUGCGGAGCUGGAUCUCCAGACACCAUCACCUGUCAUGCCCCCGCAGAGUGUUCUCCCGGAGGAGUUUACCUAAACUGAAAGAGUUGUACCAGCGAGUGUUUGAGAAGUGUCCAGACCGUCAUUCCGACUUCUCUCGUCUGGCCAGGAUUCUAACAGGAAACAGCAUUGCCCUUGUCCUUGGGGGAGGGGGCGCCAGGGGUUGCUCUCAGGUCGGUAUCCUGCGGGCUCUGAAUGAGGCGGGGAUCCCGGUCGACAUGGUGGGCGGCACCUCCAUCGGCUCCCUAAUGGGGGCGCUGUAUGCUGAGGAGAAGAACAACAGUCGCAUGAGGGUCCGGGCCCGGGAGUGGGCCAUGGAUAUGACCUCUUACUUUAAGAAGAUCUUGGAUCUGACCUACCCUGUGACCUCCAUGUUUUCUGGAGCUUCCUUUAACUCUGGCCUGAGCUCGAUCUUCAAGGGCAAACAGAUAGAGGACCUGUGGCUCCCGUACUUCAACAUUACAACAGAUAUCACAGCUUCCUCCAUGAGAGUUCACACUGACGGUUCGUUGUGGCGGUACGUCCGAGCCAGUAUGUCACUGUCUGGUUACCUGCCUCCACUCUGUGAUCCCAAAGAUGGACAUUUACUCAUGGACGGAGGGUACAUCAACAACCUGCCUGCUGAUGUGGCACGUUCUAUGGGGGCCAAGGUUGUGAUUGCAAUUGAUGUUGGAAGUCGGGAUGAAACCAACCUCACCAACUAUGGUGACUCCCUGAACGGCUGGUGGUUGCUGUGGAAACGCUUCAACCCUCUGGCUGAGAAAGUUAAGGUCCUGAACAUGGCAGAGAUCCAAACCCGGCUUGCUUACGUGUGCUGUGUGCAGCAGCUGGAGCUGGUAAAAGACAGUGAAUACUGCGAGUACAUUCGGCCGCCCAUCGACCACUACGGCACACUAGAGUUCGGCAAGUUUGACGAGAUCGCUGAGGUGGGAUACCAGCACGGAAAGACAUUAUUUGAUGUGUGGCGGCGCAGUGGCGUGGUGGACAGCAUGCUUAAAGACAGACAUCAGGAGGAGUUCCACAAGACCAAAACUGGCCAUGUGGUUACCUGUCCGAAUGCCUCCUUCACAGACCUGGCAGAAAUAGUGUCGAGAAUCGAACCUGUGAAGAAUGCCUUAAUUGACGAGGAACUGUCUGAUGAAUACCAGACAGACUAUGAUGAAGAGGCGGUGGAAAGCGCUCUAUCUGACUUUGAGGCGUUCACCGCAGGAAGUGAACACACAGAAGAGGAGACAGGAGACACUGCUGAAACUGACGAAGAAAUUCAAAUCCGAGUUGGACGCCGGCAGAAGAAUGCCCCGCAAAGUCAUCCAUCAAAGCCAUGACUGCCUGUCAGGGCUGCUGAAGAUGUUCCACAACAAGGGCAUUUCAAUUCAGUAUUUCUAGAAACCUUUGAUGUAUUCACUGAGUUUGCAUCACAAACAUGUGGCCAGUACUCUUAUCCAAUGAGCAGCCAGGUAGCAUGCUCAGUGUCUUCCUCAAAGACGCUCAAAACAGUAGAGUUGAUUCAGUGACUGUUGUUAGGCUCAGGGGAGGUAGUUUGAACUGAGUGAAACGCCUCAAUGUUUCCUGUACCUUGUAGAUGUCAGUGGUUUAAACAGUUAAGUGCAUAUAAAUGAAAUAAGAGUACAGGAGACAUUCCCAUUCAAAUCAACGUAGCAGGAUGGCCAAGCAGCGGCCAUUUUCAUGUACGCCGUUGCCCUUGUGACCACUGUAGCAGGCUAACAUCCAUAUAAACUAAAGUGACUUAUGGUAAGACUAAGUGAGGUGACGACUAAAACAAGCAGUGGCGUGGUAACGUUACAAAGAGCAGAGAGUCCAAUUAAAAAAACUCAAGCCUUCCUGCACUAACUCUUUUUCUUCCCAGCGUAGGGAAGCACAUUGCUAUCACCAGAUAGGGGACGACUCCGUUGGGCUAAUUUUCUGUAACCACUGUGGCCUUUAGGUAUCGAGGAAUUAAGAGUCUGGCUUGCUAACUAGAACACAGCUGGCUACUUAGCUAUUUUGCUUAUUCCGCCAUGCUACACUGGUCACAAAGAAUUGGCCGAACAGUGAGCUGCUGGAGGGUCGCUGGCUCCAACGAUCCGUCACUCCCAGUCGCUCUGGAGAAGGACACGCUAACAUUCGUUACCUAGCUAACUAGCCAUCCAGAGCGACGUCCGCUCUCUUCCCCGGCGAGCUGCGACAGCACUUUAGUGUGUGUCAUCACCAUAACAUCUAGCAAAAAUUGACCACUAGAAACGGUUCAAUGUCUGUUCUACUCCUAUUCUAUUUAUAUGGUUCAGUGACAACCAGGGUUUCCACUCCCAAAACAUCACAAGAUUCUGAGAAGGGAAUAUAUCUGACUUCUGUCUCCGCUCUUGGGGAAGUCAGGGAACAUCAAAUCAUUUUACAACUUGGUUAAUAAUUACGGGAGUCUAUUUUCUUUCCACAUUUGUUGUGUCUAUGGUUUCUUUCUGUCAUAGUCAUGGAAAAACAGGGAAUAUGAAUGGAAUUGUACCACAACGUGAGCCUUGAAAUGAUUGGUAUCCUCAUACAAGCAUAUCAUGCUUAAAAAUGCACUGCAAUCAUUCUUUCUUGUAACAAUAUUUUAUAAUAUGCAGUGGGACAGUUCUAUGCAUAACUGUUCCUACCAUAUUAAGCUCAGAUCCAUAAAGCACUGUAUUGUAUAAUGUAACAUAUAAGUACAAACAUUGUAUGUGCCUAGAAUGCACUUUAAGUAUAGUAAAUGGACUGUACUUC